GGCCGCGGGCGCUCGAUUGCUCCUGUCUGGUGGCGGCAGCAUGGCGGCGGGGGCGGCCGAGGCGGCUGCAGCGGCCGUGGAGGAGGUCGGCUCAGUCGGGCAGUUUGAGGAGCUGCUGCGCCUCAAAGCCAAGUCUCUUCUUGUGGUCCAUUUCUGGGCACCAUGGGCUCCACAAUGUGCACAGAUGAACGAAGUUAUGGCAGAGUUAGCUAAAGAACACCCUCAGGUUUCAUUUGUGAAGUUGGAAGCUGAAGGUGUUCCUGAAGUAUCUGAAAAAUAUGAAAUUAGCUCUGUUCCCACUUUUCUGUUUUUCAAGAAUUCUCAGAAAAUCGACCGAUUAGAUGGUGCACAUGCUCCAGAGUUGACCAAAAAAGUUCAGCGACAUGCAUCUAGUGGCUCCUUCCCACCCAGCGCUAAUGAACAUCUUAAAGAAGAUCUCAACCUUCGCUUGAAGAAAUUGACUCAUGCUGCCCCCUGCAUGCUGUUUAUGAAAGGAACUCCUCAGGAACCACGCUGUGGUUUCAGCAAGCAGAUGGUGGAAAUUCUUCACAAACAUAAUAUUCAGUUUAGCAGUUUUGAUAUCUUCUCAGAUGAAGAGGUUCGACAGGGACUCAAAACCUAUUCCAAUUGGCCUACCUAUCCUCAGCUCUACGUUUCUGGAGAGCUCAUAGGAGGACUUGAUAUAAUUAAGGAGCUAGAAGCAUCUGAAGAAUUAGAUAAAAUUUGUCCCAAAGCCCCCAAAUUAGAGGAAAGGCUCAAAGUGCUGACAAAUAAAGCUUCUGUGAUGCUCUUUAUGAAAGGAAACAAACAGGAAGCAAAAUGUGGAUUCAGCAAACAAAUUCUGGAAAUACUAAAUAGUACUGGUGUUGAAUAUGAAACAUUCGAUAUAUUGGAGGAUGAAGAAGUUCGGCAGGGAUUAAAAGCUUACUCAAAUUGGCCAACAUACCCUCAGCUGUAUGUGAAAGGGGAGCUGGUGGGAGGAUUGGAUAUCGUGAAGGAACUGAAAGAAAAUGGUGAAUUGCUGCCUAUACUGAGAGGAGAAAAUUAAUCUUAAACUUGGUGCCCAACUAUUGCAAGACAUAUUUAAUGACAUUGGGAGCAGUUCAUCAUUCAGUCCUCAGAGAUGGACUAGGAAUAGAAAAAUUCUGCUGACUCAGUUACAUGUUUUGUGUAUUUCAUAAUGUCGUGCUAAAUAAAUGUAUGUUACAUUUUUUCCCACCAAAAAUAGAAUGCAAUAAACAUCUUCAAAUUAUUAACAAUAA